AUGGCGGCGGAGGGAACGAAGAAGGGCGUGCCGGCGCUGGGGUGGUGGCUAAUGCUAGUCGGCUCCCUCCGGCUCGCCUCCGUCUGGUUCGGCUUCUUCGACAUCUGGGCGCUCCGCGUCGCCGUCUUCUCCCAGACGGAAAUGACUGAUGUUCAUGGCCGUACUUUUGGUGUCUGGACUCUUCUGACCUGCACGUUGUGCUUACUCUGUGCACUGAACCUGGAAAACAGGCCUCUGUAUCUGGCCACCUUCCUAUCAUUCAUCUACGCUCUUGGUCAUUUCCUCACGGAAUACUUGAUAUACCACACCAUGGCUGCAGCAAAUCUGAGCACAGUUGGCUUCUUUGCAGCCCGGAAGAGUGAAGGUUCCUCAGUCCCUGUUACUGAAUACUGA